AGCAAGGUCAUGUUUCAAGUACAGCAAGAUGAACAAUCGAUAAAAGUCAAGUAAUGAUUAAAAAAACGACAACUGCUACUGCUUUGAGACCGUUUAACUACACUUUGAAUCAAACUGCUGAAAUUUUAUAGAAACAAGUAGUAGUUUGAUUUUGCCAUUGCAUUAUGGCCUUCAACAACUACGAUCACAUUUUCACCACCUCAACCUUAUGCAUCAUCGUUAUUUUUUUGUAUCUCAUGUCAUGCUGUCAUUCGUGUGAUUCGGGAACAUGCCUGGAAAAAUCCCAUAGUAUGGUAUGUACUACUGGAAAUGAAGAAUGUUCAACACCAUUCGUGUGCAGGAGUGAUAAAAAUAAUAUUAACCGUUGCUUGUGUGCAGUAAACAACUAUUACACAUCAUCAACCACCAGUUGCACUUCAGUUACACAGCUCCAAGUACAAAGUCCAUCUGUACAAAGUAGAACAACCAGCUCCAUCUACAUAACUUGGACAGUCAACUCUCAAAACCCUGCCAAUGUCAAUUAUAAAAUACAAGCUGGCUCUUCAAGCCCAGUUACAGCAGGUUCUAAUGGAGGGAAUGCCACUGGUCUAAGUCCUGGACAACAAUACAACUUGUUGAUUAUUUCUACACUUCCUGCAGACAUGUACUAUCCCGAUCUAACUACAAAUGUUUCAGUUACAUUUUUGACUUCCAAACUGCAUGGCCAAGAUUGUAGUGCAGACUUUGAUUGUGAUAAUCAGUUUUCAUGUGUAGACUACAAAAGUGGUGGCAAAAAAUGUCUGUGUAAAGAUGGGUUUUAUUAUUAUACAGGAACCAGUAAAUGUACUUCAAUUACACAGCUCCAAGUACAAAGUCCAUCUGUACAAAGUAGAACAACCAGCUCCAUCUACAUAACUUGGACAGUCAACUCUCAAAACCCUGCCAAUGUCAAUUAUAAAAUACAAGCUGGCUCUUCAAGCCCAGUUACAGCAGGUUCUAAUGGAGGGAAUGCCACUGGUCUAAGUCCUGGACAACAAUACAACUUGUUGAUUAUUUCUACACUUCCUGCAGACAUGUACUAUCCCGAUCUAACUACAAAUGUUUCAGUUACAUUUUUGACUUCCAAACUGCAUGGCCAAGAUUGUAGUGCAGACUUUGAUUGUGAUAAUCAGUUUUCAUGUGUAGACUACAAAAGUAGUGGCAAAAAUUGUCUGUGUAAAGAUGGGUUUUAUUAUCAUACAGGAACCAGUAAAUGUACUUCAAUCACACAGCUCCAAGUACAAACUCCAUCUGUACAAAGUAGAACAACAAGCUCCAUCUACUUAACCUGGUCUGUCGACUCUGGAAUCCCUACCAAUGUCAAUUAUAAAAUACAAGCUGGCUCUUUAACAUCACUCGCAGCAAGUUCUACUAGAGGAAAUGCCACUGGUCUAAGUCCUGGACAAGAAUACAACUUGCGGAUCAUUUCUACACUGCCUGCAGACAGCUACUAUCCUGAUCUGAGUACAAGUGUUUCAGUUACAUAUUGGACUUCAAACACGUAUGCUGGACAUUGCAGUGACUCAACAUCAGAUUGUGAUGUUGGUACAAAAUGUAUAACACCAUUUACCACUGCCAACACAUUAUGUUUUUGUGACAUUUAUCAGAAUUAUGCUACAGAUAACUUUAGAUGCCUUUCCUUGAGCAGCUUACAGGUAAAAAACGUACAAUGGACAGUAGGAACACACAGCAUCAAUUUCACCUGGUCAACUACAAAUGUACUCAGAGCCAAUGCUACAUAUGCCAUCAUUUAUGCAGCCAACUCAAACACAUUGCUAAAUACAUUUUCUGGAGCUACUGGAGCAAGUUUGACCAAUCUUGUCACAGGAACCAAAUACAGCUUGAGGAUUAGAAGUGAAUUACCAAGUGACAACUAUUAUAACAGUCUAAGUUUCAUUGGUGAUGUUCUUGAUAUUGUAACGUAUCCUGGGAAGCCAGGAUAUGUUUAUAAUGUUACACAACUAUCAAAUACUACAACCAACGGACCAUACGAGUACAUAAUUUAUUUUGGUGCAUCGGAAGGCAAUGUAGCAAGUUAUACAUUUGUUAUAAAGAACAACACUGGUCUUGUAGACACUUUGAGCAACACCACACCAUCUGUUGUAUCGAAUAAACUGACCCCAGCGAGAAUCUACUCGUAUGAAAUAACAGCACAAAACACUGUAGGAAACGUGAGUGAGACAACAACUGGCACUUUUUCAACAUAUGCAAGCCGUAAGUAG